AUGUCACAUGCGGAGGGAGGAGCUGUUUUGCUUCCGAAGGGUGAAGCGCGUCUCAGUGAGUGUGAAGGGGCCGCGCUGGCACUGCUGAGUGACGCGGCAGGACGGCCACACGAUGAGUGCUCCGCGCAGGUGUGGUACCGUCGACGCGAAGCGACGCUGACGUACGACCGAAAGAAGGGGCGUAUAUUCCUGCAGCAGGCUGACGCGAAGGGGCGGGUCGCCAAAACUGCAAACUUCUCCAUGUGGAAUGUAAUGAACAUUGAAACCCCGGAAGAAUGGGCCUUGCGCCAGUCGCGGCGCACCAUGUCGGGCCCGGCAAACACUGCCGUGACUUCGGGAAAGCCGCAUGCACGUCGCUCCUUCCGUGGCCUAUUGACAACUUCACCACAGUUCAUUGAAACAAUACACUCGCACUCUCGAAGCUUUUCCGUUGCGUCCUCACACCAUUUUGGGAACGAGUCCCAUUCGGCCAUCGAGGCAAGCGUGGCAGGAUUGGCACGUUCCAUUUCCAGCGGCGUUCGAUCCUCCGAUGUUUCCGGGCGUACGUAUCACCUUUACUACGUCAAGGAGUCUGCUUCAUCGCCGCGCGUUUCCACGGUGAAAUUUGCAUUUCUACCAGAUGAUAAAAAUAGAGAAGACCUUCGAGUUGUUGUGCAGGCGAUUUUGCACGGCCUGUAUCCUCGCGGGGCGAAGCAACUCUUCUUGUUUGUUAGCCCAAAAUCAGGUACCGGCAAUGGUGUCAACAUCACGGAAGAACAGGUACUGCCAGCGUUGUAUUUUACUCGGCACGAGGUGUGCGCGUUUAUUACAACCCGCGUCUUUCACUGUGAGGAUUACAUUGCAAACAUCACGAACGAGUUCAACCGUGAGCGCGUCAUUGUAUGUGUUGGGGGCGAUGGAAUGAUUCACGAGGCUGUGAACGGCCUGUUCCGGCGAAAGCGGGCUCUGUUAGAGAGGGAAGAGGCCGCAAAGGCGACCAAGACGUCUAACUCUUGCGGAUGGGGGGAACAACAUCAUAAGAAAGAUAAGGAUACAAAAGAAGCGGAUGCAACUGGGAAUAGCAGUCUUUCUUUAUGGGAGAAAAAUAAGAAGCACGAACGGGGGGAGGGGGUUCAAAUGGAGGGGAGUAAUCUCCCGGAGCCAAAUGGAAGACAAGUUGUGAAUGAAAUUCCUCCGAAUUCCGGUUUCUCCACAGGCAACAAGUUUUCCAUGUUGUUGAUCGCUACCAUCCCUUCCGGCAGUGGGUGCGGGAUGGCGAAGACGCUCGGUGUCCACUCGAUAAAGGAAAGCAUCCUUGCCCUUGUGCACCUGCAAACCUGCACUAAGGAUCUGAUGAGUAUGCAAUACCUAGUAAAACAGGGCCAUGAACGGCAUCCAAACUUCUUCCCACACACAUUUGUUAAGACUGCGGAUAAGCGGGAAACAUCAGACCACUUGCAAGAGGAAAAGAAGGAAACGACCACUGCAGAACGUAUUGCUUUUAUGUCCAUGACAUUUGGCCUUUUAAAUGAUAUUGACCGGGGUUCCGAGAAGCUGCGGUGGAUGGGAAAUCAUCGAUUUACCGUGUACGGGGCAUACACGUUUCUGCGAGGUGUGCGUUCGUACCGUGUGCGCAUGCGGUAUUUGCCGUGGUUGGGACGGAAAGGCGAGAGAAUGGAGAAACUGGAAGAUUCGGGUUCCAUUCCAGGCGAAGUGGGAAUUCCUCACUGCACUCGCACGGACGCUUGUAGUCACUGUCAGGCUCAUAGGGAUCCUACGACGACGCCUGGGUCUUCCCAGGAAUUGGGCCAGUUCACAUUCACCUCUCAAGACACGAUGGAUAGCGACUCCUCAUCCAUGUUGCAGCGCGAGGUGGUGGACUUUGACGAUAACAGUCUUCCGUGGGUGACGCUUGAUGGAAGUCAUUACGCCAUUUUUUUAAGCAACAUUCGUGACGCCGCAAAGGACAUUGUUAUGACGCCUUUGGCUCAUAUGAGCGAUGGUGCCAUUGACAUUGUGUUUGCGAGAGAGAAAGAUAGUAAGUGUGGCCGACUCCACUUUUUGAAGUUUUUUACCGAUAUGGAAUCUGGAAAACACGUUUACCUGCCCUUUGUGAGCUACGUCAAGGCACGUGCGGUUGAAUUGGAGGCUGUCGAGGGGUUUAUUAUGUCCGAUGGCGAGUCGAUGCCCUUUACAAAAGUGCGCGUCAUCCCGAUGCGCCGCGCUGCUGAGUUUGUGCGAGGGCAGUAG